CCAAAAAUAAAAAAUAAACAUAACAAUAAACAAUCUAGGUUCCUUACUGUUUGUGCUAAGUGUACAAAAGCAAGCAAAAACUACACUGGUAGAGGUAAGAUUAGCUAACCUGCAAUUUUCCACCCCUGAUACUUUAAUCAAACUUUUAACACCUGAACAUGCUAACUUAUCUUAAAUAACUGUUUGAAUCUAGAUAUUUGUUGAUAAUUUCACACUACAAUCAAAAUAGGCAACCUGUUAACGGCAACAAAUAUUUGGAACCUGAUGGUCAAUUUUUUGUUAUUAAGGGUCUCACACCAGGGCUACCUUACAAAGAAGUAAAUCAGCAGAAUGUUUGCAUAUUAAAUUGUAUAAUUAGGUAUAGCUCACGUGUACCGGGGUUUCAAAUUACAAGCUAACAACAAAGGCAUUUCAAGAUAUUACUUGCAAUACAAUAAACACUUCUAACCGUAAUUUAACGUCAUUAAAAUAAAUUGAGUUCCUUGUGUGUUUUAAACUUUUAUAGUACAGACUGUAAAAUGGACUUUGUGACAUGAACAUGUAUACAAAACAGCGCUUUAAAAAGGACAUAAGAGGGCAUAUUUGAGGCAUAUAGGCAGGAACUGUUUCCAUGUUAGCUUAGCGGAGUUAGCCGGUGGCACGCGGAGAGAUCUCACCGUUGCAGUCUAGCGCGUGCUGAGGAGCAUAAACUUUGAGCAGCUAGACACGCAUUGAAUAACAUCGUAGCAACUGGAGACGGCAGAGUUGAGACCUCACUGACGAGCAAAAGGAAAAAAAAAAAAAAAAUGACAACCAACAAGCCAAGGAGCUUACUCCGCGAAGCCUCCCAUCAGAUUAUAGCCGGUGGAUCCGCUGGUCUGGUGGAGAUCUGCUUGAUGCAUCCACUCGACGUCGUGAAGACGAGGUUUCAAAUCCAGGGAGGAUCAAGCGACCCCACCAGCUACAAGAGUCUACGAGACUGCUUCGGCACGAUUUUCCGCAAGGAAGGAAUCUUUGGCUUCUACAAGGGAAUCCUGCCUCCGAUCCUGGCAGAGACACCGAAGAGAGCAGUGAAGUUUUUCACCUUCGAGCAGUACAAGAAGGCGCUGAGUCUGACGCCUUUGUCUCCUGGCGUGGCGCUGUCCAUAGCCGGCCUCGGCUCAGGCUUGACCGAGGCCUUCAUCGUCAACCCAUUCGAAGUGGUGAAAGUCAGUCUCCAGGCCAACAGAGACUCCUUCAAAGAGCAACCCUCCGCUUUCGCCCAAGCACGACGUAUCAUCGACUCAGACGGCUUUGGAUUGAGAGGUCUGAAUAAAGGGUUAACGUCAACACUGGGACGCCACGGAGUUUUCAACAUGAUCUACUUUGGCUUCUACUUCAAUGUCAAGGACGCGAUCCCGGCCAACCCGGACCCCACGUUAGAGUUCCUGAGGAAGUUUGCGAUCGGCCUGACGUCUGGCACCAUCUCGUCAUGUGUGAAUAUUCCCUUCGACGUAGCAAAGAGCCGCAUCCAAGGGCCCCAGCCGGAACCGGGAGCCAUCAAGUACCGCACCUGCUUCCAGACCAUGGCGCUGGUGUACCGCGAAGAGGGCUUCUUGGCUCUGUACAAAGGUUUGGUUCCCAAGAUCAUGAGACUUGGACCAGGUGGAGCGGUGAUGCUGCUGGUCUACGAAUAUGUGUCGAUGUGGUUGCAGAAACACUGGUAACGAGAAAACCACAGAAGAGAAACGAAAGCCUGUAAUUUCUGUUCCAAAUUUAUUCCUCAUUGACUGAAUUGGUGACUCACCAUGAAGCCUUUGGUUUUUUUGGUUUUUUUCUAAGAUUUAUAAAAAUACCAAAACAGUGUUCCCAUAUUUGGACAAUACAUCUUGGUCGCUCAGGAAUGAAAGCUGUGUGAACCAAUAGCACCAAAAAGUAUUAAAUUUUUUUUUUUUUUUUUUUUUUUUUUUUUUUUUAGCAAACGCUCCCAGCAUAGACAAAACAGUGCCGACUUUAUAAAGUGACCUUUGUAAAUGGAGCUCUAAAGUUAUUAGACAAAUUUUUUUUCUGUGCCGCUGUUUGUCCCCAACUUGUUUAAAAUGGGUCAGUUUGUUUGUUUUUUUGUUUUUUUGUUUGUUUGUUUUUUUUACAAAAAUGGACUAAAUAAAUAGGUAGUUGCCUUCACUUUACAACAA